UCGGUCGUGUGUGAUGGGAGGCCGCGGCCGAUCGCGCGAGCCUAUUUAUAUGACACCGUUGCGCGCUCGAGCCUUACUGUGCCGUUUUGGAAGCUCCAGCAAAGACGAGCUAUGGUGCCGUGGUGCCUUUCAACCCAGUGACGACUACUACUUCCGGUCUCGGAUAGUGCUGUGGUAGAGCGUUGAGUGCAGUGGCAGAUAGUGUGAGAGAGAUCACCGGCAAAGCGAGCAGUGAAGGGGAAAACGGAGUGAACAGAGGGAGAGAAGAAAAAAAGAACACAAAACACCGGAAGUGAGAACACACAGGAGGUGAUCGAGCUUUAAAGUGCACUGUUUUUUCUGAACUAUCGAUCAGCAAGUGUUAACAAAAAGUUAUUGCUGAGCUAACAUUUCAUCUUUGGAACAAAAGUGGGCUAAGUUUGAGUGCGCGACAGUGGCUUAAGUUUACAAAUUUCAAAACUAAAGCUCACAACAACCUACCGGAGGACGACAACAGGCCGACCGACCAACAGAGACGGUGACCGUUGUGACACAUUCUGCUAAGAGUAAACAGAAGCUUCACAACAGUGCGAAAACAGACGAUCAAAAAUGAGCUUUCAACGACGCACCUCGGAAAAGACGACCGAGCUGACGGCAUCGGUGCCGGUCAAGCUGCUGACAGCCGGUUCGGCUGCCUGCUUUGCCGACUUCAUUACCUUCCCGCUGGACACGGCCAAAGUGCGACUACAGAUUCAAGGCGAACAGCCAGUUAGAACCGUCGCCCUGGCUCCGGCCACCAUCAACACAUCCGCCUCGCUCAAGCUCAACCCAACGGCCGUGCCGGCGACGCAGCACGUGCAGUACCGGGGUCUGGUCGGUACGAUCACCACGAUCACGCGACAGGAAGGCUUCCGGACGCUGUACAACGGCCUGUCGGCCGGUUUGCAGCGCCAGCUGUGCUUCUGCUCCAUCCGGCUGGGCCUGUACGAUACCGUGAAAACGUUCUACGGUUCCCUGCUUAAAGAAAACGAAGCUGGACUUCAGAUCGGAACUCGAGUCCUGGCCGGCCUAACGACGGGCGGCGCCGCGGUAAUGAUCGCCCAACCCACCGACGUGGUGAAGGUGCGAUUCCAGGCGGCCACCCGCUCAUCCACCGGGCGUCGGUACGCUUCCACGCUCGAAGCCUACCGGACGAUACACCGGGAGGAGGGCGUACGAGGGCUGUGGCGAGGCGCCAUGCCCAACGUCGGCCGCAAUGCGAUCGUCAACGUGGCCGAGAUCGUGUGCUACGAUGUGGUGAAGGACUGCCUGCUGCUGUACGCCCACAUGCCCAACGACAUACGGUGCCACUUUUCGGCGGCAGUCGUUGCCGGACUGGCGGCCACGAUCGUCGCCUCACCGGUCGAUGUGGUGAAGACGCGCUACAUGAACUCGCCCCGCGGCCAGUACCGGGGUGCGAUCGACUGUGCCAUCCGGAUGGGGGCGAAGGAGGGCGUGGCCGCCUUCUACAAGGGCUUCGUGCCGUCGUUCGCCCGGCUCGUCUCGUGGAACGUGGUGAUGUGGAUUAGCUACGAGCAGCUGAAGCUGGUCAUCUUCAAUCGAAACCAAAGCUAGAGGACGAUACCAUACUGGUGCUAGGACGCCAUUGACAACUCUUCCCGAAACCCUUGCUUGAAGCUCUCACCGUGGCUUACCCGUGUCCUCACACGUUCCCGGAGUGUAUCUAGAGCUAACGAAGUGUGUUUGUAGCUAUAUGCCUCUUUUUUCGCGGGGAUUUUUCGUUUUUUCUUCAAAACAUGGAUCAAUAUUUAUACUUUUAUAACGCGGUAUGACUGCGACAGUGUGUGACCGAGUCAGCAAAAAAGAGCCAGCCAAGGUAGGAAGGGACGCGGAAAACCCGGACCACGAUCCGCACCUUCAUCCGGGACGGGUUGGGGGCGUUUACGUUACCACAGCAGCAGCGACCAGUGUCGGAUUGGUGCAACAAUUUUCCCAAACUUGAGCGUGUACGCUUUCUUUUACGUAUGUGAUAAUCAGUAUGUUUGUGUAUGUGUAUGUGUGCGAAUGAAAAUUGUUACUGUCGUGUCUUUUAAUUGUAAAAAAAAACAACAACAAAACCUGAAUAAACUUUUAUCUAAGAAGAAUC